AUGGAAUCAAACGAUAGCAAUCCAAAAGAUUGUUCUACUAUAUAUCGUUUUCAAUUUGCUAGUAUAGCUUUUCUGUGUAGUGUUUAUCUUCCAUUUACAUUUCAUUCAAAUAUAUGGUCACUUUAUACACAACCAUUUACACCAGUUAAUUGUUCAAUGAAUAAAAAUCCAGUUAUUUCUGGAUUAACAUUAAACACUCCAAUAAAAUCAAUACUUCCAAUUCUCAUAAAAAAUUAUAAUCGAACGGAUUGUUGUCCUUGUAAAGAAAUUCUUAAUGGAAAUAUAAAUGAUAAACGUCUAUGGAUUCGUUGUCAAUCAUGGAUAGCAAGUCUAAAUGAAUUAGAAGCACGAAAAGCAACUAUUAUCGAUGAAUGGAAUUUAGCUUGUGGGCAUGAAAAUCGCAAAAACCUUAUGAUAGGUUCUAUAUCCUUUUUAAUUGCCGAGCUCAUUGGUGUUAUAUUAAUUGGCAUUUUAGCUGAUCGAUAUGGAAGAAAAUUAAUGUUUUUAAUGUGCCUUUAUAUACCAGUGGGUCUUCUUUUACUUGUUUUUAUAAUGGUUAUUGAAUCAUGUGAAUAUAAACAUCGGGCACAAAUUGGUUGUCUUCUUCUUGCUUCUAUACCUAUUUUUGGUAUUAUUAUUGGUGUUACUUAUUUUUUUCUAUCAGAUUGGCGUCAUAUGCAAUUACUUGGUACAUUGAUUACUACUUUAACACUUUGUUAUCCAUGGUUAAUACCAGAAUCUCGUCGAUGGUAUGUGAAUAGUAAUCGUAUAUCACGUGUUAAUAAACUUUUACAAUUAUGUUCGAGUACACAAACACCAACACUAAGUUUAAAUAAAGUUGGUUCACCUGCACCAACAACUAUUAUCUAUGAUAAACCGAUUUUAUCAACAAAUACUCGUCGUGUUCAAAUAGGUUCAAUAUCUUUUUUACUAAUCAAUCAACAACUUCGUACAAUUACUUGUUGUUUAUUUAUACUCUGGUUUCUUUCAUCAUUUUGCUAUCAUUCAAUAUUUUUUCCAAGAAUACUUUCACAUCCAACUAUCAAUUAUGUUUUGAUGAAUGCAACUGAAUUUUUUUCAUUUAUUAUUGCACUUAUUGUUGCUUACAAAAUUGGUCGUCGAGCUCCAUUAGCUGUACUUAUUUUAAUUAGUGGUCUUUCUUCUGUUUCAUUAGCGAUUACAUUACUUGAAACAGGACAUACAUGGCUUGAAAUAAUAUUAUCCUUUGUUGCUCGUACGUGUUUUCGAACUUGUUAUUGUCUUCUGAUUUUAUUUACAGCUGAACUUUAUCCAACAUCAGUUCGAGCAACAGGUUUGGCUGUUGGACUUGCUAGCGAAGUUCUAGCACGAAUUUCAGUUGAACUUCUUCUUUAUUUUACUAUUGAUCGAUUAUUGCCUUUAUUUAUAUCUGGUGGUAUGCUAUGUCUUAGUUGUUGUUUAAUAUUUCCAUUACCUGAAACAAAACUCUAUGAUAUACCUGAUUCACUUAAUGAUCUUCAAUCCAUGAAACGUUCACUAGGAGAUGAAAAUGGCAAUAAAAUAUUACCAUAUCAUUCUCGUUAUCAUAUGAUCGAUUCAAAUACACUUACACUUGCUCGUAUAUCAGAAUCAAAUACAAUAGCAUCGGAUCUUAAUGAUUUAUCUUCAUUACAUGCUAAAACAAUUAUAAAAUCGCAACAGCAAGGAGAUAGUGAUGAAAAAAGUCUAACGAUUCGUUCUCAAGCUGAAACAAUUCAAUUACAUUCAAAUACAUCAUCAAUAAAAGGUCUAUCCAAUCCAUGUUAUUUUGGAUCCUUAAAUAAUACAAUCGAUCAAUUUGAUAUUGAACAACAAGCAAAUAAUCGAGUAGUGAUUAGUAUUCGAGGUGCACAAAAUAAUAAUAACAAUAAUAACAAUAACGAAGAAGAACGAGAAAAUACUAAAUUUUAA